AUGGCUCCACUGCUAAUAGCAGGUUGGUUCAUAGGCACAUUCAUAGCUAAGGUGGCAGACCUGGGCAUCCUCUACGUGAAGAACCAGUAUGAGUACCGGGAUGUCAAAGGAAAACUGAAAAAACUGGAGAAAAAUCUCAGAAAGAUCCAAGCAGCACUCUUUGAGGUCGACAAGAGACGGAUCACAAACCCCGGUUUGGAGGAAUGGCUAUGGGACCUAAAGGAUUCUGUUUAUGCUGCGGAGGACGUGAUCGAUGGAUUUGAGUACAAUCUGCUUGAAGAUAUAGCCAAGGGCAAGAACCAGCUGAUUUUUGAGGAGCAGAGCAAAGACCGGGCUAAGAUCAAGAACAAGUUCAUACACACACUCAAGCUACUGGCUUUUUGCGACAAGGAUCUCAACCAGUUGGAUGAUGCUAUCAAGAAAUUCAGUGAACUUGUAGAUGAACUUGGCAAACUUCUCAAGGUGGUGGAGCUAAAUGUAGCCACUAACAAGAAGGAUGAUGCAGAAAUUCCCAAUUGGCGACGGACAACCUCCCCCAUCAAGCCCAGGCCACCGAGAGGACGAGAUGAAGAAGUAACGGAACUGAAGAAUCUUCUUAAUACAGGUAACAAUUUGAAUCCUGAUAGCAACAAUUUUUCUCUUGUUUCCAUAGUAGGCCCUGGUGGGAUCGGUAAGACAGAACUUGCUCGGCUUGUAUACAAUGAUGAAAGUUUAAAAUUUGAUAUUAAGGCAUGGGUCUGUGUGUGCAAUAAUUUCGAUGUGAGGAGGCUUUCCAUAGAAAUCAUAGAAUCUGCUGCUAUCCAUCGACAUAUUGGUCUUCACAGCAUUAAUAAUUUGGAUGAGAUUCUCAAACUGACUGAUCUUCAUAGCAUCAGUAACUUGGAUGAGAUACAGAAAAUUCUGUCUGAGUGUCUAAAGGACAAAAGGGUUUUAGUUGUUUUGGAUGAUGUGUGGGAGGAGUCCGUUGCUAUCUGGGAAAACCUGUGCAGUGCAUUUAGAUCUGGUCACAAGGGAUGCAGAAUCAUAGUAACCACUCAGCUUGAAAGUGUGGCAAAGAUGAUGGGGACCAGGGACAUAGUAAAUCUGGAUGGCUUAGAUGACACGGUUAACUGGGAGUUACUCAAAGAUUGUUCACUUAGUGACCAAAAACAUGCUGAGCAUCGGAGGUUGGAACGGAUAGGCUGGGAAAUAUCUCAGAAGUUGGGGGGCUCACCCUUGGCAGCAGUGACAGUAGGACGUGCUUUAAAAUAUGAUUUGAAGGAAGAACACUGGAGAAGAAUCUUGCAUAAGAAGAUAUAUGAAAUUGAAGAAAAGGAAGGUGACAUUGUGUCAGUUCUGAGACUCAGCUAUGAGCAGCUGCCUGCAUACUUGAAGCAGUGCUAUAUUUCAUGUUCUUUGUUUCCAAAGAACCAUAGCUUUGAGAGAGAUGAUUUACUUCAAAUGUGGAUGGCCCUAGGCUUUGUUCAAGCAAAUGACAAACAUGACAGGAUGGAGGACAUUGGUCAGGACUUAAUAAAUGAGCUGUCAUCCCGAUCCUUUUUCGUGAAUGCAAAGAGAAAGGAGGACAAGUUUGUGAUCCAUGCUGUCUUGCAUGAGCUUGCCGAUUGUAUUUCUGAUGGUGAAUAUUUUAGACUCGAUGAUGAAUAUGAAGGAAAUCAGCCGAUUAGAAUCCCAGAUAAGGCUCGCCAUAUUUAUGUUACUGCUGAUAAUCUGGUUAUGUUUUCUAAGAUUUUGUGCAAGAAGGACAAUGUGCGCAGCCUUAUUGUUGCUGGUGAUCUCUCCCAUGGCAUCCCCAAGUCUGACUUUGUGGAUAGUCUUAAAGAGGUUUUGGAUAGUUUAAAAUGCCUGCGGCUUUUGAUACUUUCUGUGCUUGGAAGUGGCUUACCUAAGGCUAUUGGUGGUUUAAAACAUCUACGCUACUUGGAAAUCCCAGUGGGUGAAUCUGAAGAUGUGCUCUAA